AUGUGGUGUAUAGCUGCAAAUCGAUCAGUACUUACAGCACUUGAUCAAAAUACGACAAUUGCCGAACAUGAUACAAGUAAUUGUACAGUAACGACAAAUGAUAUUGAUAGUAUGGAUAUAAUACAAUUUGCUGAUGGUUGGUAUUCUUAUCCUGAUCUUAAUACAUUUGACAGUGAUUUACUUCUUACGACACUUACACUUCGAAAUAUCAAACCAUCAAAAGCUAUAUCUCCAUGGAACAUGAAACAAAAAAAUUCUACUGGACUUCCUCUUACUGAAAUUGGAACUCGUCAAUUGGAAGCAUUAUUUAAUUUAUCACAAUUACUUUUUGGCUUAGCUCGAGGUGAACAAUCAAAUUAUACAUUUCGUGAUUUACAAUUAGGUAAACCAGCAAGACAAUUUCGUGAAGCAGGAUUCAAUAAAUUUCCAAAUAACAAUAGAUCUAUUGAUUUCUUUUCUAUUUUUCAACUUGUUGUCAAUGAUAUACUUAAAUCAGAUGCUAUUGAUAUUGUUUAUAUGAUGUACAAAGUAAUUUUCAUAUCUUAUAAUCUUUAUCUUUUUUAA